GUCGGACGUAGUUUCGCUUUCUCAAAUCCUCCGAGGAACAGAAACUCCCGAACUUUGGAGAAGGAAACACGCGAUCCGCAGACAACCUUUGCACAAUAGCUAUAAGCUGACAACGUUUAUCCAUAAGUAUGGCUGGAGAACCUGCUGAGACGACUGAUCUUGGAGCUGAAGCUGUGGAAACUGACCAAACCGACGCCAAACCUGACCGCAGAGGAAGAUUUCUACUGUUUGGUAAGAAGAACAAGGAUGGCCAGACGCGGGAGCAGGACUACUCUUCUGAAAGCCAUUACAGAAUUGUUUCACCAACAUUCCAGUAUAAGAUGAGCCACCAGCGAGUGGGCAAGUGCAUCAUCAUCAACAACAAAAACUUUGAUGAAAAGACAGGGAUGAAUGUACGCAACGGCACGGACCGAGACGCAGGCGAGCUGUUCAAGUGCUUCAAGAGCCUGGGCUUCGACGUCUUCAUCUACAACGAUCAGACGUGUGAGAAGAUGGAGCGUCUUCUCAGAGAGGCCUCGGAGGAAGACCAUAGUGACAGCUCGUGUUUCGCCUGUAUCCUGCUAAGCCACGGCGAGGAGGGCAUGAUCUACGGAACGGACGGAGCCAUGCCCAUCAAGUCCAUGACCUCAUUGUUCAGGGGCGACAUGUGCAAAAGCUUAGUCGGAAAGCCAAAACUCUUCUUCAUCCAGGCUUGCCGGGGUUCCGAAUUUGAUGAUGGUAUACAGACAGAUUCGGGUCCGCCGAACGAUACCCAGGAGACAGACGCUAAUCCGAGACAUAAGAUCCCUGUAGAGGCAGAUUUCCUCUUUGCCUACUCCACCGUGCCAGGGUAUUACUCAUGGAGGAACCCUGGGCGUGGCUCCUGGUUCGUCCAGGCGCUCUGCAACGUCCUCAACGAGUUCGGCAAGCAGCUGGAGAUAAUGCAGAUCCUGACGCGGGUCAACUACAUGGUGGCCACCAGCUUCGAGUCCUGGUCCGAAGACCCACGCUUCAGCGAGAAGAAGCAGAUCCCCUGCGUGGUCUCUAUGCUGACGAAAGAACUGUAUUUCAACUGACCGCCAGCCUGACUGACUGAUUGACUGACUCGACUGACUGACUGACUUGACUGACUGUUUCAGGUAGCGACUUAGCGGUCAAAGCAUUCAGGGAUGAUUCAGGCCCAGCAGGACACUGCACACUUGGGAGCACAUUAUGACAUUUUGCAUGUGUAGUUGGGCCCGAAAACAAGCACUCUGUGAGAAACUAAAUAUCUAUUUACAGUGGCACUCCGCGUUCAUGUGCUGACGGUUAAACUUCUUCCUCUUCUUCAGGUUAUUCUUCGGAAUAAUAGCGUCACAUUUCGAUCUGAUCUUUUAUUUUGACAGGCAUGUGAAAUAUCCAUGUUGUUCCACCGGCCCGGAAAAUUUGCUGCCACUUUUUGCGGGUUUGGGGAAUCAUAUCUGAAUAUGUGUCUCUCCAUUUUCCAGCAUUUGCAAAUAGAUGUUGAGAGGAACUGAAUAGCAUGGACAGGAGUCUUAAAGGGAUAGUUCGGGUGUUUUGAAGUGGGGUUGUAUGAGGUACAGACAAAAGUACCAACACGGGAGCAAAGUAAUAAUUUGAUGUGGACGGGUCGGCAGGAAAACAUAUUUUAGCCACCUAAAAGAAAGGCUCACCUAAAAAAAUUGAUAGCAAUUUAAGUGUACGGUAUAUUUAGAAUAUUUUCACCUCUUCAUCUUGCUGUCGGAAAGCCCUUUAAAAAUAUAUUUUUUAAAUAUUGUAAAUAUAGUGUACACUUAAACGGAUAUGGAUUUUUUUAGGUGAG